AAAAAUAAUAAUUAUUAGAUAUUAUAAAUAAAAUAAAGUACAAAAGUAAAUAAUUAACAAUGGCAACUAAUCCAGCAACAGCCACCUCCUUAGAUUCUUUGGAUAAGGAACAAAUGAAAACGUUUACAGAUUUCUUGAUGUCCUAUAAUAAAUUGUCUGAAAUGUGUUUCACAGAUUGUGUGCGAGAUUUCACGGCCAGAGAAGUCAAAGAGAGUGAGGAAAAAUGCUCCCUGAAUUGCAUGGAAAAGUAUUUGAAAAUGAAUCAACGAAUUUCCCAAAGAUUCCAAGAAUUCCAAAUGAUUGCCAAUGAAAAUGCUUUGGCCAUGGCCCAGAAAACCGGCAAGUUAUAGA